CAGCAGAGGAGAGAGAGAGACAGGCAGCAAGAGCGAGAGUCAGGACACAACGGAUAAGAGCAAGGUCCACGUUUCUGGGACCUCAAAACAGUGUUUUGAGCCGAAAAUUGAAGGUAAAAGCCGCCUGGCGGUCAAACGGCACGUGAGAGUGAGAGGUGCUUGCGCUAUACUGGGGAGCUGUCCGGUGCUGGAGUUGCAUUCCUGUUUUAGCGGAACGCUGAGAGAGCGGAACAGCUCAACAUCCUUCCGGACUGUGCCGGCAUUUGAGCAUCCUGCGCGCCAGAGGAGAUACCGCUGCACCGCCCGUCUGUCGCCACGCAUGAGGAGAGAUACGGGAGCCCCGGUAGAACCAUGCCUCGCUCCUUCCUCGUGAAGAAGGUGAAACUAGAUGAUUUCUCAUCUGCCGAUCUUGAGGGCCCCUAUGUCCGGUCGCGAGCCGCCAACCUCAGCCUACGUUUUCACGAGAAAGGCUACAUCAGUGAGUACCUGCCCGAGUAUGAUGGAGAGAACGACCAUGUCGUCACUGCAAUCACCUCCCCCCUCUACGCCCGUCUCCACGGCAACUCCGAGCCCCCUGACAGCCCCGCCUCCGAGACCUCGUCCGGCACCGACCACGGCCACCGGUCAUCCGUUACCGACAGCUACGGCCUGGACUCCUUCCUCAUCAGGGACGGUCGCUCACGGCAACGGCGGGCCGCCGCCGGCGCUCAGAGGCACACCUGCGGAGAAUGUGGGCGGAGCUACGCCACGUCCUCCAACCUGAGCCGCCACAAGCAGACGCACCGCAGCGCCGACAGCCAGCUGGCCAAGCAAUGCCCCACCUGUGGCAAGGUGUACGUCUCCAUGCCCGCCCUCUCCAUGCACCUGCUCACCCACGACCUCCAGCACAGGUGCCAGGUGUGCGGCAAGGCCUUCAGCCGGCCCUGGCUGCUGCAGGGCCACAGCAGGUCCCACACAGGGGAGAAGCCCUUCUGCUGCGCCCGCUGUGGCAAGACAUUCGCCGACCGCUCCAACCUGCGCGCCCACAUGCAGACGCACUCGGCCCUCAAGAUGUACAAGUGUAAGCGGUGCCACAAGACCUUUGCCCUCAAGUCCUACCUGACCAAACACUACGAGUCGGCCUGUCUCAAGAGCUCCUUCUCUCCCCCCUCCUCCCCCUCCUUCUCCCCACUCAGCUCCCUCGGUGACUGACCCAGUCUCCCUCUUCUCCUCUUUAUCCUCCUGUUCACCUCUCCGCUUUCCUCCUCUCCUCCCUCCCUCUCUUCCUCCCUCCCUUCCCCUCCCUUGUCCCCCAUCUUUCCCCUCUUCAUGUCAGCAGCACUAAGAACCUCUGGGUAGCAUGGACCAGGAUGAAUGAUGAUGCCCACCGUCUCACACUGCAGGUUCUAACCUGGAGGAACCCACCAUCUCACACUGCAGGUUCUAACCUGGAGGAACCUACCAUCUCAUACUGCAGGUUCUAACCUAGAGGAACCCACCAUCUCACACUGCAGGUUCUAACCUAGAGGAACCCACCAUCUCACA